AUGGAAGGCGUGAACGGCAAACCCUUUGUCACCGACCAAUACGCAGUCGUCGCCCAUGGCAAGGCCGAAAAGGAGUGGCCCUUCAUCGCCUGCUCCGACUCCAGUUUCACCGAGGCCGAAUUCGAACGUUUCAAAGCUGCUCAGUCGGCCGAUUCCUUGCGCCUGCCCUCUAAGAAAGCGCUGGUCUCCAAGCUCGACGACAUCCACUCCCUCCUUGAAUACCAAUGGACCGACGAAGACAUCCAGAGAAAGAUCAACCGCACAAACGCUCUACAAGCCAAGUUCGCAAACUACGGCCGCGAGAAGAUCGAGAAGCGUCGCGAGGAAGCAGCAUCCCGUGGUGAUGAUACCACAGUCGCCAAAUGCGACUCCGAACUCGCAGCUCUGGGAUCUGGCAGCGGUGCCGCAAAAGCAGCACAAGCAGCUGCCACAGCAAAGCAAAACGGCAAGCUCGCACAACAGGAACGUCUCGCUGCUCUCAACCGCGCCAACCGCAAAGCCAAUAGCGAAGACGUGCGCAAAGCACAGUUGGCCGAGAAGCGUAUCCUGCAAAAAGCCAGAGAAGAGGCCGCAGCAAAGGCACGUCGUGAAGCCGAAGCCGCGAAGGAGAAGCUGCUGGCAGUACCUGACGACCUGUUUGGAGAUGCCAGCGACAUCAGCAGAACCGGCACACCAGCAAACGGCACUGGCAGCGUUACGCCCGUCAACGACAAGCUGAAGAAGACAACGUUGGGCGGGUUCAAGAAGAAGCCCAAGGACGAAGACAUCAUUGCCGACAUGGAUCUGGGCAUCGACAUUGACAUUUGA